CUCUGGAGGAAGGCAGCGACGCGGCGGACGGGAGGAUUGAUGAUGGGAAGCAACAAUGGCGGAGGCGGCGGGAUGGUCCCGGGUGCCCCCUCGUCCAUGGGUGCCGCCGGCGGAAGCGGAGACGGGCGGCACGACGACGAGGCCAUACUCACGGAGUUCCUCUCCUCCCUCAUGGACUACUCUCCCACGAUUCCGGACGAGCUGGUGGAGCACUACCUUGGCCGCAGCGGCUUCCACUCCCCCGACCUACGCCUAACGAGGUUGGUUGCUGUAGCCGCUCAAAAGUUUGUCUCAGACAUUGCAAGCGAUUCUCUCCAGCACUGCAAAGCCAGGGUAGCAGCACCUAUCAAAGACAACAAGAGCAAACAACCGAAGGAUAGACGUCUUGUAUUGACAAUGGAUGAUCUUUCUAAAGCCUUGCUUGAGCAUGGUGUGAACUUGAAGCACCCUGAGUACUUUGCGGACAGCCCUUCAGCAGGGAUGGCUCCUUCAACAAGAGAAGAGUAGAGUCGA